AUGGGUAAGGGUACUCCAUCCUUUGGUAAGCGUCACAACAAGUCUCACACCUUGUGCAACAGAUGUGGCCGUCGUUCUUUCCACAUCCAGAAGAAGACGUGCUCUUCUUGUGGCUACCCAGCCGCUAAGAUGAGAUCUUACAACUGGGCUACCAAGGCUAAGAGAAGAAGAACUACCGGUACCGGCAGAAUGAGAUACUUGAAGACCGUUGCCCGUAAGUUCAAGAACGGCUUCCAGACUGGCGAGGCCAAGCCACAGUCCGCUUGA